GUUUCAUACCAACGCGGUGAACGUUCGAUUCACACAGUUUCUAAAGUGAUCAAAGUUCAUUGGCGCUGUGUUGGUGUGAGAUGAUGACGCUGGCGGGCUUAUGAGUGGAUCAAUCUGGGUGGUGUCACACUUAUGUUGGGAUAGGGAAUGGGAGAUGUGGAAGUUAAAUUUGAUGUGAAUUUACAGUUAUCCAUGUUAUCGGAAUUUCGUAAAGCGAAAGAAGAUUGCAAAAUUGCACAACGUAGACAGCAAAUCCCAUGUUCAAUGUUGGUGCAGGCUAAAUUAUUUGGGUGUUAAUUAUUGCCUUCGUUGUGAGAAAGUUACGUCGGCAUUGAUGUUUGAUUUAUUUUUGUGCAGUGGGUUGUGCGGUUGGUAGAGAAAUUUAAAAUUGUAAAAAGAGGUGCGUUUUGCAAUUUUUUACCUGUAUUCCUAAUAAUGACAUCUCAAUAUGACUUUACUUGGUGUUAGUGUGUGUUGAAGAUGAAAUAAAUCAAACGAAGUGAAAAGCAAAAUUAAAUUGUGUUUGAAAAGAUAUAAUAAAAAUAAAUAAAUGUGAAAAGUUGUUAUCCCAAAAUAUGCUCAAUGAUCCAUCCGUUUGUUUCGUUGUGAAAUGAAAUCUACCUGUUAGCGGUGAAGUUGUGCAUAGAAGAUAUUUGCAGAUAGCGGUCUCGUUAUACGCGGUAUUGUGCCAUGGUUGUAUGCGUGCUGAAGAAAGAAUAAAUGAAAAUUUAGCGUGUGAAUGAAACCUAACAGGUUGAAUGCAUUGAGUUCGAAGAUUGUGUUAUGUUAUGCUGCUAUUUGUUAGCGGAUUACUACAGCUGUUUUCUUAUUAAUGACAAGUUGUCGAGUUCUAUGAGGAACAGCUGUCAACUCUAGUGCUGAAGUUUGGUACAUCCGUGUCUCGUUUUAGCGAAAUGCACUGAUUUUAUAUGUGUAUGUAUAUUUCAUUAAUAGAUCUGGAGUGUUAGAAAUUAUCUUUGUUCCGUUCUUGAUUGUUCUUUCUAUCGUUCUGUGCGAUAUGAAAAUGAAAAGCUAGAGAAGCAGCGAUUUAUGUGAUUCCUAAUACUCGUAAAUCUCUUCAAGGCAAGUGUACUAAAGAAGAUUCAGCUGAAUAGAGCUGUUUACGUCCUUGAGUAACUGAAAUUUGUUUUUCCCACGAGUGGUAGGGGCUUAAUGUACUAGAUGGAUAACCAAAAGUGGUAUUACCUGGACGUCACACCAGUUUAAUGAAAGGAUACCUUCUUGUUUAGGCUGACACAACGGUUGUGUGCUUGAGAAUACAUCUGAGCGUUUUUAUUUGAUUGUAUGUGCUUCUAACUGUUUUACCAAUCUUCUGGAGCCCGACACGUACCCACAGGCGCCACCCAGCAAUGAUUACCCAGCGAUGGACAGUUUUAAUACCAUUCGUUGCGAUAGCGCUGCUGCUAGAGACAUGUCAGUGCAACUUACCGCCCAUCUUUACGCAAGACAUGAACAACCUGGCCUUGUCCGAAUCUAUCCCGGUCGGUAGUGUCGUAUAUCGGCUGGAAGGUUACGACCCGGAAGGCGGAAACGUUUCCUUCGGACUGCUCGGUUCGGACAACUUUAUGGUAGAUCCAAUCAGUGGCGACGUAAAGGUGAUAAAACCGUUGGACCGAGAGGCUCAGGAUACACUCUCGUUUUCGGUGUCCAUCAAGGAUCGCGUCAGUUCCACCGGGAUUGAUUCAGAGAACGACAACAUCGUUAAUGUGCCAAUCACGAUAAUCGUGCUGGAUGAAAAUGAUAAUCCUCCGGAGUUUCAAAAUGUACCUUACGAAACAGAGGUGCUUGAGAACGCACUUCCCGGUACGAUCAUCUUUCGGUCAGUUCUCGUGACAGACAGGGAUACAGUCGGGGAAAAUCUUGACAUAACCUGUAUUCCACAGUCGCAGAAUCCAGAUGCAUGUGAAAAAUUUUCCAUUGAAAUAACCGAAAGCAGGCAAGACAAACUAACAGCGGUAGUAAUGCUAAAGGGCCACUUGGAUUAUAACGAACGGAUGAUUUAUCAAAUAUUAUUGGAAGCUACUGAUGGCAUGUUUAACGCUACAGCUGGUCUCGAAAUUCACGUCAAAGAUGUGCAGAAUACACCUCCGGUAUUUCAAGGAUCAUUGGCGGCUGUUAUCAAUGAAGAUAGUCCAAUCGGUACAUUGGUAAUGACGAUUCAUGCUAGAGAUGGUGAUCGGGGACAGCCAAGAAAAAUUAUAUAUGAAUUAGUUACAAAUCCAAUGGAUUAUUUCCUGCUAGACCGCCAAACAGGUGAACUGCGUACAGCAAAGCCGUUGGACAAAGAGGCCCUUCCGGAUGAUACAGGUCUAAUUAUUCUGACAGUUAAAGCUCGCGAAUUAAUCGAUGGGAAUCCAGGGAACGAUAAUCUUACAGUGGCUAGUACGCAAGCGUCAAUCACCAUUCGUGAUGUGAAUGACUCACCCCCAAUGUUCAAUAAAAAGGAAUAUUUUGUAUCAAUGUCAGAAAAUACUGCACCUGGUACUCCUUUACCAAUUGAAAUGAGCGUGCAUGAUCCAGAUGUGGGUGAAAAUGCAGUAUUUUCUCUUCGAUUAAACGACGUGUCAGAGGUUUUCGAUGUUGAACCUAAGUUAGUUAUGGGUUCAUCCCAGAUAAGUAUACGAGUAGCGAAUGGUUCACUUGAUUACGAGAAUCCAAACCAAAGAAAAUUUAUUGUGCUAGUGAUUGCUGAGGAGACAAAAACUAGUCCGCGAUUGUCAUCGACCGCAACAUUAACCGUUUCUAUUACCGAUUCCAAUGAUAAUAGGCCUAAUUUUGAACAGGAUUCAUACUCGGCAACUGUAUCUGAAACUGCUAAUCCUGGACACCUCAUCACUACGAUAACGGCUAAAGAUUUAGAUUCGGGUCAUUUUGGAGAUCAGGGAAUUCGUUAUUCCCUUUCAGGAACUGGUGCCGAAUUAUUCAAUGUAGAUCCUAUUACUGGUGCUAUUACCGUGGCAGACUGUCCAGCUGGAGAAAAUAGUUCGGUUAGACGAAGAAGACAGAAUCCUACCUCUGCUGAAUUAACCAUGGAUUAUCCAGCAUUGAAAAAUUUCAACAUUUCCACUGAUGGUCGAACAGGAUUUCUGGAUCGUGCUGAUGAAUAUAUGUCAUAUAAAGUUCUUAAUGAAGAACAUUCCAACGAGUAUAAAGACAUGAACGUAAUCGCUCCUCCGACAGUUUCUAGCUGGGAAACUUUUGGCUCGGAAGAGAGUGAAACCACCACAUCGUGGUAUUUCGCUGUUUCCGAACACGUCAACGACAACAGUCCUUCAUCUUCUACACAAAACAUUGCGCAGUCCAUUGAAAUACAACCCCAGCUUAAAGCUGGUCCCGGAAAAGCACCAUGUUUAGAUUACGAAAACCAAUCAGUUUAUUAUCUAUCUUAUAAAGCAACUGAUGAUGAAGGCCGUGGUCAAACCUCGGUCGUUUCUCUGCGAAUAACUCUGCUGGAUGCAAAUGAUUCUCCACCGGUUUGCGAAAGUCCUCUAUAUAGAGCUUCCGUCGACGAAGGAGCCACCAUGUUUGAACCGCCGCUCAUCAUCAAGGCUCGAGAUCCAGAUAUCGUUUCGGAAAUUAACUAUCGGAUAAUUGGCAACGAGGCAAUUACGCAUCAUUUCGAAAUCGACAAACGAUCCGGCCAGUUGACUAUCUCGAAAAAUACCGCCCUCGAUGUGAACCAUUUGAAGUCGGAAAUCGUGUUUUUUGCAGUUGAGGCAAGCGAUGGCCUCUUCACGACAUUAUGCAACGUAAAUAUCACCAUCCGUGACGUGAACAACCAUGCACCACAGUUCUCUAGAGAGCAUAAUCUUGCUUCGAUCGAGGAAAAUUUUCCGAUUGGCACCAAAGUUGAACGAUUACAGGCGAUCGAUUUGGAUACAGGAAUAAAUGCAGAGAUCAGGUAUCGCAUUCAACAAGGUAGUUUCGACGAUUUCGCUAUCGACAAUAUGACGGGCGUGGUGACGAUUGCCCGCAAGCUCGAUUACGAUCGCCGGAAUACCUACCAGAUGGAAAUAGUUGCGGCGGACCUGGGCACGCCCAGCCUUUCCGGCACAACAACUCUGACAGUUAGCAUUAUUAAUAGCAACGACAAGGCUCCCUAUUUCACGCCGACAACUCAGCGGGCGGAAAUAUCAGAGGAUGCAUCCAUUGGGACGCUAGUCCAUACUUUGGUCGCUUUAGAUCCGGAUGUGGCAUCCAGUGAAUCGUUGGAUUACGCGGCUACCGAGCCAAUCACCGCUGUUGAUAAAAAUGGCAAAGAAGUUAGAGACUCGGAGGAUUUCAAAGAUAUGUUUAUUGUGGACCGAACCGGAAAGGUAUUUGUGAACAAAAGGUUGCAGCGUGAUGAGUUUGCAGUCAUACGUAUUACUGUUCUCGUGACGGAUACUACUGCUCCUUCGGUGCAGCAAGGCGAAGGUCUCCUAAUAAUAACAAUCAUUGACGUAAAUGAAGAACCACCGCUGUUUGUAGCACCGUGGACCCAAGCGGAACCUCGUUACCGAUUUGAAGUAUUGGAAGAACAGCCGCUCGGAACUAUCCUAACGACGAUGCAAGCAACAGAUGCAGACUCCACCGUCGCCGAGUACCGGAUGACAGAUAACAGCUAUUUCGAGAUAAACAACACAACAGGGCUCAUCCGCAGCAAAGCCCGUAUCGACUAUGAGCAAGUAAGCAUGAUUAAUUUUAACGUUGUGGUUGUGGACACCGGCAUACCACAGUUAUCGUCGACGGCUGAAGUGACGGUGGAUGUUAUCAAUGCGAAUGACAACGAUCCAGUUUUCGAGGCACCAGAGUAUCAGAUGACGGUUCUAGAGAACUCGCCGGCCGGUACAGUUGUUGGUUCGGUUACGGCUGAAGACAAUGAUUUGGGUAUGUACGGUGAAAUAACCUACUCAAUAGUGGGUGACCACAGUGUCCACUUUGCCAUUGAUCCGGAUACCGGUGUAAUUACGGUGAGAAACACAUCGGCACUCGAUCGCGAGCGAGAAUCGGAAAUCGGUCUAACUGCAAUCGCUGCAGACCGGGCACCGGAAGCGAUUCGACGUUCGACUACGGCACCCAUUAGCAUUAAAAUAUUGGACGAGAAUGAUAAUGCACCGACAUUUUCGCAAAAGAUUUAUCACGCCACGGUAGCGGAAAAUGCAGCACUUAAUCCUCCGGCUGCAAUCUUGCAAGUUAGUGCCACCGAUCCGGAUGAAGGUGCGUCAGGAGAUGUAAAAUAUCGCAUCCUCAGGAGUGAUAUUCAGGACACCUUUCGACUGGACGCUAACUCAGGGAUUUUGUAUCCAGGGGUCAGUUUACUCGGGUUAAACGGUCAAUACCGCAUAGAAAUUGAAGCUCGGGACGGGCUAGGAUCCGGUCCCUAUAGUGAUACGGCCGUUAUAAUGAUAGAAAUACAAAGCAUCAAUCAGCAUCGACCUGUUUUCAUCAUGCCAGCCCUGUACAAUGCAUCGGUAGAAAUUCCAGAGAAUUUAGCAAUGACGGAUUAUCUUGUGAUGACGGUAAAAGCGACCGAUAAUGAUGACGGGACGAAUGGGAAAGUACUAUACCAUUUACAGGUCAACAAUCAAAAUGUUCAAUAUACGGAUGAAUUCGAAAUCAACGAAAUGUCCGGCGAAUUACGCAUUCGAAAGCCGCUGGAUCGCAAAAAACAGUCUCGCUUCGAACUGAUAUUGGUGGCACGUGAUCAGGGUACACCAGCAUGGUUCGAGACGCUACGUUUUCUGACGGUUGUGCUGGUUGAUGUAAAUGAGAAUCAUCCGGAAUUUCCGGACGCAUCCAACCCGUACAAGUUCUUUAUAGCGGAAAACAGUCCGAAAGACAUUCGGAUCGGAAAAAUCCAAGCAUUCUACGAUAGCACUGACCCCAAGAUCUAUUAUUACAUACUACUGGGUAAUGAGGAUAGAGCGUUUUAUGUGGAUAAAACAACUGGUGACAUUUAUACUAAUAAAACCCUGGAUCGGGAAGAAUUAGAUGUGUAUGCUUUGUAUAUUCAAGCUAGUAAAAAGUCAGAUCUACUGGUUACAGAGCGUGACAGAAUGAUGAUGUCGAUUAAGAAAUUGGAGCGGGAUAGCACGGUUGCUAAAGUUUGGAUUACAGUGCUGGAUGUCAAUGACAACCCACCGGUGUUUAAGCAAGAUAUAUACUACGCAGGAAUUAGUUCAAAAGCAUCGAUAAAUGAAUUGGUAACAAUCGUAAAUGCAACUGAUCGAGAUUUAGGUGUCAAUUCUACGAUGGAAUUUUUUAUAAGUGGAUCCUUUUUGUACAAAUACAAUUCUCUCAAGACGACUGGUAGUAUUGUGCCUAGUCCAUUUGCGAUUGGAAAGGAUGGUCGCAUCACGACUGCCAACUACAUGGCAGAAUAUAAUCAAGAUCGUUUCAUCUUGGAGAUUGUAGCAAAAGAGGUAGAGUCUCCGGAGCGUGUCGCGACGGCUAAGGUGCAUGUUUGGAUUUUCAAUCCAGAACAAUUAGUAAGGGUGAUACUAUCUAGGCCACCAUCCGAAGUACACAUGGAACGAGAGGAAAUCAUAUCAGAGUUGUCCAAUGCUACUCAGAGGCUGAUAAUAGUGGAUGAAAUUCGUUAUCAUGUUGAUAGCUUGGGUAGGAUAAGAAUGGACUGGUGCGAUAUGUAUUUCCAUGCGAUUGAUAUAAAUACACAGAUGAUUGUUCCCGUAGAAGAAAUCCUGAGAGAAAUCGAUGCUAAAUAUGACUUUUUACAGGAUUACAAUGCUGGCUUUUCGAUUGAGAACGUAGUCCCGGCUUACGCAACCACCGUUCAGGACGAGUUCGACCUGGCUCUGGCUGCGAUAAUCGCCUUGCUGAUAGUGCUAUUUGUUGGUGCAGUGAGCUUCAUCGUUAUUUGCUGCUGUCUCAAACAUUGGGUUAUAACAAUUCCGAACGAAACGAGAAGAAAGGAUGCUCUGAUCAAAAAACAGAUUAUCGAGGAUUUGAAUACCACCGAGAAUCCACUUUGGAUUGAGCAAAAACUAAAGUUGUACGAGGAACAAGAGCUGACUAUGCAAGUAUUUUCGGAGCCGGAACUGACACAACAGCAGCAGCAGCAAAUCAGCUCCAAUAAUACAUCGCCUUCAAUCAACCAGGAGCAGGCAUUGGUGCUUGGGCUUGACCGAAGGGAUUCGUAUGAACUAUCCCAGGGCGGAGGCGAUAACACGUAUGCGACUAUCCAGCCACGGAAUUUCACCUCCAAUCUGAGCGCGGUGCUGGGUAGUGGCGUCGGCAGUGGCAGCGGCGGCGGUGGAGGUGGUGUUGCUCUCAGCAGUGGUACCGCUGGUUGCCUUGGACUGAGCGGAGAAAUGUCGGAUUAUGCGACGCUUCGAAAUAGUAGGCCGCCUUCGAUGUACGAGUUUCGAGGGUCCACAUUCCAAGUACAACAGCUAUCGGGAAGUGAACAACCAGACUUUGUGACGGAGUUAAUUUAAGGCAUUUUUUAAACAUUCCACAAAUGUAUUUUGUUAUACAUAUGCUAGUGUAGUUGAUAUCAUUAGUAUGUAUAUGAUUAGCAAAUAAAUAGCUAAUUGAAAAAAAGAAAAAAAAGCAUGCAACAUUAUAAAUGGCAUCUUGGCACGGGUGUUGUUAUAGUUAAGAGUAAAAAGUUAAAAUCCACCAAUGCCAAGUCGAACAAUUGUGACAAUGGAAUUAAAACGAACAAAAACGAAACAAAAACGAAUGCUCAAUUUGUUAUAUACCAUGAUGAAUACUCGAGGUGAAUAAUGAAGAUAUAACAGCAAUGUGAAAUCAGUGAAUUAAAAUUCACAAAGCGCUACUCUAAUAAAAGACUUUUAAGAUCGUAAACAAGAGGCAACAACACUUCGAUAGACAAUAAAUAGCAAGUAUCUCAAGAUGUAGUAUUUAUGAGAGGAAGGGUAUAAUGCGUUGUAGUCAAAUCAUACUUGUUUUCGUUACAGUUACAAAUCAGGAUUCUAGAAAUUUCAUUGAUAUGUAUUCUUUUCUUUAUCAACCAGCCGUAUUUAUAGAAACCCGCGAUAGACUGCUGAGUAGUGCUAGAAGUUAUAUAUACUAAAUUAUUAUUCAUUUUAGCAGGCGAAAAGUUGAGAUUAUUUUGAGGCAUGUUUUGUCAUGAUGUGUGGACUCAACAUUUUCAUCGCGAGGAAACAGCAAAAACUUUAAUUAUUGAUUCACUUGAUUACAAUUCAACUGACCGUCCAUUUUAAAUUUAAUUCUACUCAUGAAAACUUAUUUUUAAAAGGCGCGCAUGAUGCCACGCCAAACUGUUGGAUUUAAUUUAAUGCAUGUAAGCAAAUUUAAACAACCUUACAAAAGAUGGUUCAAGUGAGGCAAAAAUUUAUAGGAAUUUGAAUUUGCGAGAAAACUAUAUAACCUUAAACAAUAGAAAGAAUGAAAAACUUGAAAAAAUCUUCUCACAAAAACAUGUAAAUAAACAAAUUUGCUAAAUGAGAAAAUACGAAUAAAUUAUUGAAUAUUAAGUAGGUUACAAACUUAAAAAAGACUAUUCAAAUCAGGCGGUGGCAGGUAUGUUAUUGUGUAUUGAAGAUAAUUUCGUAUAAUUCUGAAAUUCUAUUUUAACUUAUUCAAGAAGUACAGAUUUUUUACACUUGUCAGGUUAAGGAUUGUUGAAAGUUUUUAUCUGUUUUAAAUCCGUGUUCCGUUUCCUCUGUCCUGUGGAACUUAUGACUAUGCACAAAGAACACAAAUUUUGAAAGAUAUUUUUAUCACCACUGUACAAAUUUAGGGAAAAAUGUGUAGAAUAUCAUUAUUUAAAAUUGUUCGUGGAAUUGAUGAGUAACGUAUAUCGAACGGCCAGAUAGAUACAACCCAUCUUUAUAGAUAAAACUAAACGCAUAUU